UUAAUUGUAUUAAAUCUCUUCCUUUCAAGGGUCGUUUUCUUUUCCAACACUCACUCUUUCUUUCAUCUUCACUACUAUACUACGUUUCAAUUUUUCUUCACUUGCAACAUUUCAAUACUAACCUAAAACAGUUUUUUUUUCCUUCUCUUUUUGCAACCACUCACUCUCUCACUCACUCACUCACUAUGGCAUGGUCUGAUUCAACUACUCACAAACAAUCUCGUCCCUCUCAACCCCUCUACGUGCCUCAAUUCCGUUCCAAUGUUCCUCCUCCCUACAACAACCGAACCCAUUUUCCUCCGUCCGAGGAUUCAUCAUCUUUCAAUCGCUCCACUCACAGACCACGUGGCCGAGGCGGUUACGGUUAUGGUCCUCCACGUCAUUUCCCUCGACCCGAACAACAACAACCGCCGCGGAACUUCAACUACAACCACGAUCCUCCUCAUCGGAACAAUCGCCCUCCGGUUGAGCCCCGCAUUGAGCCGGAAAACGGCGUCGUUGCGAAUUUCGAAGCGUAUGAAUCUAUCCCCGUUGAGGCUACCGGCGAGAACGUGCCUCCGCCGGUGAAUGUCUUUGCUGAAACCGAACUUCAUGAGGAUUUGAAGAAUAACAUUGAGAGAUGUAAGUAUGUGAAACCUACUCCGGUUCAGCGUUACGCGAUCCCCAUUGCUGUUGCCGGGAGAGACCUUAUGGCCUGUGCUCAGACUGGGUCUGGUAAAACGGCGGCGUUUUGUUUUCCGAUUAUAUCUGGGAUUAUGAAAGAUCGUUUAGGUUCUGGGUUGUCGGCUAUGCCACGUGGCGGUGGUUCCGAUGUUGCGUACCCCACUGCACUCAUCUUGUCUCCAACUAGGGAGUUAUCAUGCCAGAUACAUGCUGAAGCAAACAAGUUUGCUUAUCAAACAGGAGUGAAGAUUGCGGUUGCUUACGGGGGUGCUCCUAUUGGUCAACAGCUACGUGUUUUGGAGAGAGGUGUUGAUAUUUUGGUUGCAACUCCUGGGCGUUUGGUGGAUAUGAUUGAAAGAGAAAGGGUUUCUUUGAAGAAGAUUAAGUAUCUUGCUUUGGAUGAGGCUGAUCGGAUGCUGGACAUGGGUUUUGAGCAUCAGAUUCGCAACAUUGUUCAGCAGAUGAACAUGCCUGCUCCGGGAGCUAGACAGACUUUGCUUUUCAGUGCCACCUUUCCUGAUAAUAUACAGAAGCUUGCAUCUGACUUUUUGUCAAACUAUGUGUUCCUGGCUGUUGGAAGGGUUGGUUCAAGCACUGAAUUGAUUGUACAGAAAAUUGAAUCUGUUCAGGAUAUGGAGAAAAGGAAUCGUCUUGUGGAUCUUCUCCGACGCAAUGUAGUCAAUGGGAAGCUUGCUUUAUCUCUUAUAUUUGUUGAAACAAAGAAAGGAGCAGAUGCUUUAGAAAGUUGGCUAUGCAGAAGUGGUUUUCCAGCUAUUGCAAUACAUGGUGACAAGGUUCAAAUGGAGCGGGAGCGAGCUUUGAGAUCUUUUAAACGUGGUCUUACUCCAAUAAUGGUUGCAACAGAUGUUGCUUCUCGAGGAUUGGAUAUACCUCAUGUGGCUCAUGUUAUAAACUUUGACUUGCCGAGAGACAUAGAUGACUAUGUACAUAGAAUUGGUAGAACAGGCCGUGCUGGUCAGUCUGGUUUAGCAACUGCUUUCUUCAGCAGCAAAAACAUGCCACUUGCGAAGAGUCUUGUUGGACUUUUGCAAGAAGCAAAACAAGAAGUUCCUUCUUGGCUAAUCCAGUAUUCUGAGUCUUCAGCACCAGGUGGACGCGGCAGCUUUGGAUCUCAACGGCCGCCCUGGAGAGGCAAUUAUGGAGGGCGUGAUUUCCGGACUGCAGCAGAACCUGUAAUGGUGGAGAGUUACAAUAACUACAACAGUAGUUACAGUAAUUAUGGUGAUAAUGGUUUCCAUAAUGUUCCCGAACAGGUGCAGAAUUACAACUACAACCGCACCUACAGCAAUGGAGGAGACCAUACUGCCAACACUUAUACUGAUACCUCUUUAAACAACCAAAACUCUAACAACAAUACCGCUUUUGACAGCAGUAAUACAGAGGUUGCUGGUGGUUACAAUUAUGCUGAUGUUGGUUUGUGUGAAGGCAGUGAUGGCAUAAACGGGCCAUGUGGUUAUGCAUCUGUUGUGCCAACUGGAUGGGACUGACUUGGCUAGCAUCUUGCUCGUUGCAUCCUUUUUGCUAAUGAUUUUGAUGGAUAAGGUAACAUUGUAUACAAUGAUGCCAAAGAGCAAAUAGCUAGAUCCCUAACUUUAAGAUAGUUCAAAAUUUGCUGCAGACAUUUGGUAUUGAAUAUUGUUUGGCCUGAGACCAUUUCGUAGUUCGAACUUACUAUACAAUGUGUGAGCUCGAAUUGUGGAUAGGAUCAUUUGCGUUUUGGAAUCUUACAAGUUAUACAAAGGAUGGGCCUGAUCUGUGGAUUUAAACAUUUAUCUUUUAAGAUUCGCUAUAGUUGUACUAUUUAUAUCUCAAUAUGAUUUGGCUUUUUAGCUUCA